ACCAACCCAGCGCAUUCGGAGUCCAAGAUGGCAGGAGCGGAGGGAGAUGAUUCUCUGUACCCCAUUGCGGUUUUGAUCGACGAAUUAAGGAAUGAAGAUGUUCAGCUGCGACUGAACAGCAUUAAAAAGCUGUCCACUAUUGCUCUGGCGCUGGGUGUGGAGAGGACCCGCACCGAGCUGCUGCCCUUCCUCACCGACACCAUUUACGACGAGGACGAGGUGCUACUGGCUCUGGCUGAGCAGCUGGGGAGUUUCACAGUGCUAGUCGGUGGGCCGGAGUAUGUGCACUGCCUCCUGCCGCCACUGGAGAGCCUGGCCACCGUGGAGGAGACGGUGGUGCGGGACAAGGCCGUGGAGUCUCUGCGUAAGAUCUCUCAGGAGCACUCGCCUGUGGACCUGGAGGUGCACUUUGAGCCGCUGGUGAAGCGGUUGGCGUGCGGAGACUGGUUCACCUCCCGCACCUCCGCCUGCGGCCUGUUCAGCGUCUGCUACCCGCGCGUCUCCAGCACCGUCAAGGCCGAGAUUCGUCAGCAUUUCCGCACCCUCUGCUCGGACGACACCCCCAUGGUGCGGCGUGCGGCUGCCUCUAAACUGGGCGAGUUUGCCAAAGUGUUGGAACUGGACUACGUUAAGAGUGACAUCAUUCCCCUUUUCACAGCGCUGGCGUCUGAUGAGCAGGACUCCGUGCGGCUGCUGGCCGUGGAGGCGUGCGUGAGCAUCGCCACGCUGCUGCCCCAGGAGGACCUGGAGGCUCUGGUGAUGCCCACCCUACGCCAGGCCGCCGAGGACAAGUCCUGGAGGGUGCGCUACAUGGUGGCGGACAAGUUCUCCGAGCUGCAAAAGGCAGUUGGUCCGGAGAUCACCAAGAACGACCUGGUCCCUGCGUUCCAGAACCUUCUGAAAGACUGUGAGGCAGAGGUGCGGGCUGCAGCAGCCAAUAAGGUCAAAGAGUUCUGCGAAAACCUGCCGGAGGACAGCCGGGAGACGAUCAUCAUGACCCAUGUGCUGCCUUGUGUCAAGGAGUUGGUGUCGGACACAAAUCAGCAUGUGAAGUCUGCCCUGGCCUCUGUCAUCAUGGGCCUCUCCACCAUCCUGGGCAAGGACAACACAGUGGAGCAUCUGCUCCCCCUCUUCCUGGCCCAGCUGAAGGACGAGUGUCCCGAGGUGCGCCUGAACAUCAUCUCCAACCUGGACUGUGUGAACGAGGUGAUAGGCAUACGGCAGCUCUCCCAGUCUCUGCUCCCUGCCAUCGUGGAGCUGGCCGAGGACGCCAAAUGGAGGGUGCGCCUGGCCAUCAUCGAGUACAUGCCGCUCCUAGCAGGCCAGCUGGGAGUGGAGUUCUUUGAUGAGAAGCUGAACUCUCUGUGUAUGGCCUGGCUGGUGGACCACGUAUACGCCAUCCGAGAGGCGGCCACCUGUAACCUGAUGAAGCUGGUGGAGAAGUUUGGUGCAGAAUGGGCCCAGAACACCAUUGUGCCCAAAGUGCUGAGCAUGUCAAACGACCCCAACUAUCUCCACAGGAUGACCACUCUCUUCUGCAUCAAUGCCCUCUCUGAAGUAUGCGGGCAGGAGAUCACCACCAAGCACAUGUUGCCCGUAGUCUUAAAGAUGGCCAGCGACCAGGUUGCCAAUGUGCGCUUCAAUGUAGCCAAAUGCCUACAAAAAAUUGGACCAGUUUUAGACAGCAGUGCCCUGCAGGCAGAGGUGAAGCCGGUUUUGGAGAUACUGGCCACGGACCAAGACAUGGACGUGAAGUACUUUGCUCAGGAAGCUAUAAGCGUUCUCACCUUGGCUUGAACAUAUUCCUCCGUCUCCAGAGAAACGACGCCGGCGACAAAGGAAGACUUGUUGCAUUCUAUUUAUUGUUGGUUUUGAUUCGUUCCGUGUUGAUGUCUGUGUAGCUCCCGUUUCCUGUCUGUGCUAUUGAAAGGGUCACCCAUUCUCACGCUGUAAAUCUCUGAACGCUUUGAACGCAGUGAUGCUAGAGUUAAACAAUUGCAUGCUCCGUCGUUCCCCAGUCUUGCUCCUGGAAUAACCCUGCACCUCUCAUCCUCCCUGCUGCAAGAGGUGCAUUUUUAAACACGGCGAGGGCUUCAUCGCUAGCUGCCGAGUCGAGGCCAGCAUGUCAGGAGCUGGAGCAAGAACCUGGAAUGUGUGUCAGGGCAUCUUAGGCCUGGUUGAGCAAAGGCUGGCAUGUUCUUGUAUGCAGGACCAAGUUUAAACCUUGGACACUGAAACAGAUCCCUCCACUAGCUAUUCUGCCCAUAUGCUGCUCACGUAGUACCGGCCAGCCCCUUUGGUGUGUGCCGUCUGCUUCCAUAAACCAGGUCUCUGAUGGCCCGCUUGUUACCUCCAUUCCGUGUUCUGGCCCGGUUGAGUUUCUGCUUGAGACCAGAACAGGCGUCACAGACGGCGGCACAUGUUUCUGCAGCCAGCGACGUGCGCUGCCGACGUGCGCGACCCCCGUGCAAGAUCAUGGCCUCCUCUGUCUGCAGCAGCGCAGUGUGCCCUCCCCUCGCUUUCAUCCGUUUUUGCUGAACUAAUUCCACGGUUGCAUUUCUUUUGUUGUAGGCCGAUUAGCUCCAAAGGGAAUUUUGUGCCAUUGAAAUGAACUGUAGGUUUUGCUCUUUAAUUUUACGGUGAAUGUGUGAUAGAGAACGAUGCGUCUCAAAUUCCUCUAUAACUACUGUGGGCAGCUGUGAACACAGCGGGUUUUUGACCUGCCGUUGGUCUAGCAACCACCCCGCCCCCAGUUCAUAUAGCGAUAUUCAUCUGAAUGUGGAAGACAAACCUAACUCCUAGAUCCUAGUCUCUGGAAGGCUGCUGUUCUUUUAAAGGGGAAAGUGGAAGGGAAGUGCCAGUGUGGGGUGCUCAAGACUGUCCCGAUUCCAAGACUGUUUGGGAUCAUCUGGACCCAUUUUUAAACUACUAAGUGGGGCUUUACUGUACUUUUGGAACUAAAUAAAAACAAAAAAACAAACUGA